AUGCGCGGCGUCUCAUAUCAAUUGAGCAGACUGUCAUUACGGCAGGAUGCUGUUACCAAACCGCUAUCUGCCUCCUUUGCGCGCUCAAUAACGACGUCAACAUCUUCGCAGGCCGCCGUGUCCUCAAUUACCACUUCCGCUGAUGGAUACGUUCCCGUCAAGCCCUUCGAGGAGCAAUCCGUGCUCGCUACCAUCCACAAGUUUCCGUCGCUCGAGCCCCUCCGCCUCCAAAGCUAUCCUGCAAACUACCUCAACCUUCCCACCCGCAGAGACAUUCUCCACCGCGCAGUCGUCUACGAGGGAGACAUGACGCGAUUAGGUACUGCCCAUAAGAAGACUCGCCAUGAAGUACGAGGCUCCGCAAGGAAGAUUCGACCGCAGAAGGGAUCCGGAAGAGCGCGUCUGGGUGACAAAAAUUCGCCCAUGUUGAGAGGAGGAGGUCUGUCGCACGGUCCUCGACACCGCGACUUCUCCACAGAACUCCCAAAGAAGGUCUACGAUCUAGCAUGGCGAACAGCUCUUUCAUACCGUUGGCGAAAGGGCGAACUUAUCAUUGUGGACAAUGCCAUUGAAUUGGAAAGCCCGUCACAACGACUAUUGAACCAUAUCUUCGAGCUGCACGAGCGAGAAAGAGGCAAGGGACGGAGUCUUUUGGUUACAUCGGACAGCCGCCCGCUCCUGGAACAGGCGCUCGAUAAGAUGGACCGCGGGAGACAGGCCCUGACCUGGGAUCUGGUCGACGUAAAAGACCUCCUAGAACUCCAGCGCAUCAUCAUUGAGCGCCAGGCCCUCUGGAAGAUCUUCAACAGCCACAGAUCCGACCUGCAAGCCCUCCCCGUUCCAAGCGAACUCCAGCGCGAACCCAAAGGACCCACUUCCUACAAUUUCAUGCCAGGAUGGUCCCAAUUCCGCUCAAUAGUAACCGCACCUCCCGCCGAGCGUGAAGCCAUCCGCGCCGAAGCCUACGAAUCCACAGCCUACCAGCGCUGGCAACACGCUGAAUCUCUCCCUGCUUCCGACCCUGAGAAAUCGAACCUCGCCAUCUCCGCCUUCGAGCUCCUUGCCGAAGCAAAGGACCUGCGUCGCGCACAGCUCCCCACCGCCGCAUCGCUUCGACACAUCCAAGAACAGAAGGAGAACGCCCUCGCCGAGCUACAAGAAACCGACCCUGCGUUCGACGACCUAGCGUCCGACGCCGCGGAAGCACAACUCGCGCUCCAUGAGAGGAAUUUCCAAGAAGCUGAGCUUGCCGCUCAAGCGGCUGAACACCGCCGCGAUGCGUUCCGGUUCAGGGGCGAGGAGGAGAAGGCGGAAGAGAUGGAGAUGAUUGCAGGUGAUUGCAGGACAGAUGUUGAGGCCGCGGAGGAAGAGCUGUUGAACGCGAAGGUGGCCCUUGCGACGGCAAGAGCGGACGCCCUUCUGAAUGAGGGGGACAAUAAGGGAGCGAAAAAAUACAGAAAAGAGGCUGAUAGGUUGCGGGCGCAGCUGGACGAGUUGAGGGCUAGACCAGAAGAAGUACCAGAGGAGACUGAGUUCAGUGAGGAGGAACUGAGGCAAGCGGAGGCAGAGGCAGAGAAGGAGGCCCAGCAGACGAAGAAGCAAUAA